GCUGAUUUAUAGCGCAUUCGUGUAAUCAGAUAUUAUUGCACAGGGUGUGUUAGUAUAACGCAUACUUUACCUUAAAUCAAAGCAUCUUCUGUGGACGUGACUUGUGCUUGUGCUGUUUGGCAAACCAUGGUGGACCCACUGGAACCUGAUGACAAGAGUAAAUUCAGAGGACCCGGGUUUGAAACCCCUGCUACAGCCUCUGAAGCCCCUCCACUACCUGAUACAGGUGAUGACAGCGAGAAAGAUGUUUGUCUGGAUCCCUGCCCACAGACAGAGGUCAAUACUGAGCCUGUACCAAGCUCUCAGGACCUAUGUCCGCAACAACACACUCAACCAGAAGAGCAAAAACUGCAUCUGGAUCUUUAUAAUUUUGAUACUCCAGCAGCAGAAGGCAGUCGGUAUGUACUAACAAGCCCUCGCUCACUUGAGGCAUGCGCACGUUGUGGAGUGAAACCUGUGGAACUUCUGCCACGUCCACUGUCGGAUUUUGCCCGAGAGGCACCAGGCCGCAGCAUGCGUGUCGCCACAGGAAUGUUUGAGAUAUACGAGAGAGAUAGACACGCUAAACUUCGACAGUGCAGGGAAGAGAGAGAGAGGAUUAUCAGAGACGAGAAGAGACGAAUUCUGCAGGCUGCUAUCAACAAUAAUAAUAGUAGUCCACUGGGUUCAGAGAAGUCAAAGGAAACUGUAAAUGCUGGAUUGUCUGAGCAGAACAAUAACAGUUUAACAACUUCUAACCCAGCCCCCCAAAAGCCAUCUGCUUGCACUGGUGUACCCAAAAAGAAAACCGUUAUAUCUAAAAGCACAACACAAGAACCAGGACAGUUAACAAAAGUGUCCACAUCCAGCUGUCCUCCUGUCUCAAAACCCAGUACAGUAAACAUUGCUAAUAUUGCUAAAGUAACCUCUGCGAAAAAAUCCAAGUCCCUCGAAACUGAAUCUGAUAAAAAACCUCAAGGAGCAAAGGCUUCCGUAAUCCACAGGUCAGUUCAGUCUGGUCCAGCAGGUAAGGGCCCCAAGAGACUCUCCAGUACUCCUACAAAAUCUGCAAAUACUUUCCCCAGAUCAAUAUCUAAACCCUCCUCUUUUCCAAGAACAGCGACUUCACUUGCUCCAGUAGUGUCAAAAUCUGCUAUCCAAAGUCUUGCCAAUGGCAUCACCAGUCCAUUUGCACAGCACAACGGACACAUUCUUUCCAAAUCAAGGGUUAGAUGCAGGAGCCACUCUCUAGAGUCUUUGCAAAGGAGACGAGAAAAGUGUUGCUCCUCUACUGCUUCAACAACUAACACCACAACUACCACAUGUACCUCUUCAGAAUCUGCUUCCUCAUCCUAUAGCUGGGAUGGGACAAGAGAUCACCUGGCUAAGACAUCAAGCCCUCGUGCCCGCACUUUAGCCACCUUUAACUCCCUGAUGGGUCGCAGUCUGAGCUUAGGAGACCUUAGUCACUCUUUACAGACAACUCAAAAAGUGGAACGCAUUGUAAAGGAGGUCAAACGCAGGGGACUCAAAGCUGUUCCCGAACGUGACCGAAAGAUUGCUGCAUUAAUGCUAGCCAAGUACCAAGAGGAGGACAUAAUGAGCCAGACGCGCUAUGUAGCACAUCUGCAAUGGGACAGCGAGCGGCGACUAGAGGAGCUACGACGAGAACGUGAAGACCGGGAGAAACAGAGAGCUGUUCAGCAGUGUCAAAGAGCAUGGCAGUCGCAAGUCUCUACCCGGCAGCGCUGGCUCAACCAGCAGGAGCGAGAGGCCACGGAGGCAAAACUUCGUCAAGUGGCGGAAAGUGAGGAACGUUGGCGAGAGCUGGCCGAGCAACAAGAGCGUAGCAGGUUGCAGAAGCUGCAACAGGGCGCUCGUGAGGAAAAACACAAGAAGGCACUGCAGGAGCAGAACCUCAAAGCUCUGGAGGAGGAGAGAUCUGCUACGGUAGAGCAGGAGAAACUUCUCCUGAAGGAGAAACUGACCAUUGCUGAGCUGAAGCGUCAGGAGCGAGAGCACCAAAUCCAAGAGGAGCGUCUCGGACUCAACCGCGCUGAAAAGAGACGACACGCAGCUCUCAUUCAAGAGAUUGCACGACGUGAAGCAGACGAGCGAGAGGAAGCAAGGAGAAUUGCGGAAAAGAAGCUGAACAGGUCCCAGGAGAACUAUGAACAGAUACAGGAACGGCGUGGGCAAGAGUUAAAGGAGAAAGCUAAGCGAGAAGAGAAGCAGAUCCAGAAAGCAAGGCGGGCCGCCGAGUCACGUGAACAGCAGCAGAAGGAGCAGACAGAGGCGAAAGCGAAAGAAGCUGAAAAACGAGCACAACAAGCUGCACAAAUAGCCGAAGAGCGGGCACGGGAGAAGGCCCAACGCGCAGUGCAGAGCAGGCAAGAGAAGGAACGACUUCAAAGGGUUAACCGUCUGCGUGUAGAGGAGGAGGAAAAACAGAGGCGUCUCGAAUUGCUGCAGUCUAUCGAGCGCAAACUGGAAAAAAGCGAACAGAUUUUCAGAGAGAAGCGAGCGGUGUUGGAAAGUGCCCGGUCGGUGGCACGCGCCUCUUUCCACGUGCGGGAUCGCGUUCGCGAAGAGACAAAUAUGCGCACCUUUGACAAGAUGGCCCUGGAGGCACAGUUAAACGCAAACUUAAUUGAGAAGUGAGAACUUUAGCAGUGCAACUUUCACUCUUUUCGUGCACAAAUGUUUAGAAAUAAGCUGUGCUUGAGCCUACCUGCUUGCCUCAUCCCUAGACUAUUACAAGAUGGUCAUGCCCUCAUGUGUUGUACAGAGAUUCAUAUAUUUAUUCCUUUAAUCCUGAUGCUGGAUCAUUUUCAUCAUCUCAUUUAAAUGUUUGUAUAUUUAUCAUUUAAAUGUUAUAUGAAGACCUUUCUGCUUAUGUGUGAAUGGUCUUAUGUUGGGCAUGAUUGUUUUCGUAACUUGGCAAGUGUGUUGCAUUGAGAACUGUAGAGAAUAUAAAGAGUUCAUUGUUUACAAGCAAGCUUGGCACUAUGGCAACAGUAAAAGCUCUCUAUAGUGGCAGUGAAGAAGAAGCAGAGGGGACAGGGUUCUUUAAUAAGAAUAAAUUGUUUGUGGGAGACUCCUGUUCUCCUGAAUCUUCUUUUUUAUUGUAGGCUGCAGUAGGGUGAGCCCUGACUUGACAAGUGUCUAAGCCAGACUCUAGUAAAAUGCUGAACAAGCGUUACACCCUAGAAUAAGGACAUGUCAACAAAUGAUGUCAGUACAGCUGAUAAAGCACAGGAGUCUUUGAUCAGCAUCAGAACCAUCAGUUCACGAAAAAUCACACUGACAUCCCCUGCAUUCCUUCAGGUGUGUUCAUUUGCUUUUUACUUUACAAUUUUCUCAUAACAACUUUAUUUUGAGAAUUGCACAUAAAUAUAUGAAUAUGAUAGGAGUGGAAUGUUGCUUACUACACACUGAAUAUUGCACAGUAUACACCGUAUAUGAGUAAAACACGUACUAAGCAAGUAAGGCACUAUGUGACAACAUUUUAAACCUUAGUAUGCUACCUUCUUGUCACAUAACCUUAUCAAGUUGUUGGCAUUGAGUCAUCAUCUUGAAAAUAUAUGUAGUUAUUUUAUAUUUUAAAAUGUAAAAAAUGGACUUUGUUAGAUUAAACAUUCACUAGUUCGCAUUAACAUGUAAUCAGGUCAGAUAAAGCAUAUUUUGCGUGCUGUGCGAGGGGAAGGCGCCGAGCUCCAAAUUUUGGCCCGAAGCCAGCGUAAUACCCUCUUCAAACUGGGAUAGAUACAAGUAGAGAGUGAGGUGAUGGGGUGGAGGAGGUAUGCUGCUAGACUGUCAUGGUGCAGAGGUGAGGGGCGGCCAUGCUAUCAUGCUACUCCUGAAUUUAGUUAAAUAAACUCCAUUUAAAGCCAAGUGUGAAUGCACCCAAUACCUAGUGUGAUUGAAAGUGGAUAUAAGCAAGUUCCCAUGUAGCUAAAAGAGCAAUAUCAUCCUGGUACAUAUCUAGAGAACAGUAUUGGAGGAGAGCACACAUCGAGAUCUGUGAGAAAAGCAAUGCAGGCAGUUUCGGACACACCUCCCAGAUAAUUCCUAUGAGAGUUUAGGCCACAGUGAUGCCUGUCAGGCCUGCCAUCUGCCACGCGGAUUUUUCCAUACAGCAGUUCAGACCCUAACAAAACUAUAUUUCAUUAAUAGCAAUUUUUGCCAUUAUUACUUUACAACAUUUCUGUUGUGAAAAGAGAUCAGCAAUUACCUGUAAUAGAUUAAGAAAAAUACAUAAUAUAAUAUAUAAACUAUAGAAAUAUUUUUAUAUAAAAUCCUCUCUUUGUCUGAUUAUUAUGAAACUAAGUUAUGGUGUAAUUUUACCGUUAUCAUGUAUUACCAAAUAAGCCUGUUUAAUCGUUUUUAUUUGAUGUUCUAUUAAAUAAUUAACUUGUAUCUGAUUCUUUUUGUUUGUUUCUUAUAAUGCAGGUUUGGCAGUGACGAAGGUGGUGUUGACAUCUGAGGGCCGAUUCAGUUAAAUAACCCCUCAUAGACUGCAAAUGACAUUUCACUUUGAUCACAGGCCCUUAUUUCCUUGUGGCAAUGACACAGCUACGCAUGACGUAAUGGUGUUAAUAACACUGAAGCAAUUUUACCUCCAGCAUAUCCAAAUAAACAUAUCAAUGCCCUUUUUGAGAGCAUUAAAGGCCCAAAUAAGUCAUGCCAUGUACAUUUCUGUAUCACUGAAUAAAUUUGCGGGCUUUUUAAAAAUGAGAAUGAAACAGUGAUGCUCAACAAGUCCUCCCUAUUUGUGAAGAUUUUAUUACUCAUUAUCUCAAGGUUGUAGUGGAACCUUAUAAGGUUCAUGCAUGAAUCAUAACAUUUACAAAACUUUUUACAUUUACCAAUGACUAAGAAAUAUUAAACUACAGGUUUAUAAUACAAUGAUUGAUCAAGGGAUAGAAGAUUAAGAUCACCUGUAUGCUCUACAGCCUUAUGCAAAAUGUCUGCACAAUGAUUUUAGCUGUAAACUCUGCCAGCCAUGCCAUGAUGAUGUAGCAUUCUAAGUUGGAGUGUAAAAGUUUUAUCAAAGAUUUUAUAUUAUGGUUUAUGUAUUUUAGUUUGGUUUAUUAUCAUCACCAUUCAAAUGUUUUCUGAUAGCAAAAAGCAACUUGGUAAAAAGGCCUUGCAAGGGUGAAAUUUGAAGAUGGCGGAAUAAAUCACAUUGAGAAAUAACACUGUAAUUUAUUUGUAAAUAGACUUCACUUUCAACACCUUAUUUGU